GGAUAUUCAGUGACUUUUAAACCCUGCUCUUUUCACUCAGCUCAUUUCGCCACAUGCGGCUGGAAGAACAAUGGCCAGAUUGCAGCAGAUCCUGAGUGUGUUGUGUGUGUGUGUGAGUGUGUGUAUGAUGGACCGGUUCGGUCAGGUUCAGUCUCCUCUGUAUCCUAAGCCUUACCCCACUAAUGUCCAGCAGCAGUGGGAUCUGGAAGUUCCUCAUGGUUACCAGCUUCAGAUCACCUUUAAUUACCUGGACAUAGAACCGUCCUUUAACUGCUACUACGACUCUCUGACGGUUCUGCACAGUAAGAAGAUUUUGGGAAAGUUCUGUGGUCAGAAUUCUACAGAUUCUCAUCACCCUGGCAACAAGCCCAUUUUGUCUCCUAGCAACCGUCUCCAGCUGGUGUUUGUGACGGAUGAAUCAAAUGCAGACACGCAUCAGCACCUUGGGUUCUCCGCCUUUUACCAGGCUGUUGACAUAGAUGAAUGCUCGUUUCCUGAUUCAGACAAUUCAGAUUCACGUUGCGCUCAGAUAUGCCUCAACACUCUGGGCUCAUACCUGUGUGCCUGUUACCAUGGUUACCAACUGCGGGCAGAUCAACAUUCCUGUGUGUUGGACUGCAGUGGAGGUGUUUUCACAGAACCUGAGGGAGUUCUGUCGAGUCCUGGAUACCCGAAUGCUGCUCCUCUUGGAGUGACCUGUCUAUACAGUAUCUCUGUUCAGCCUGGGUUCCAGAUAUCUCUCAACUUCAGUGACAGUUUCCACAUUGAGCAGAUUGAUGCACAGGGACCAUCCUGCUUGUUCCACUGGCUCCAGCUGUCUGUCCCCGGUGAAGCUCCAAUAAAGCUUUGUGGAGAUCAAAGUCCUGGAAUCAUACACACUGGCUCACACACUGUAGAUCUGGAGUUCCACACUGAUGGACAUGGACAGAGUGGAGGAUUCAACCUGCGCUACACCACCCAGAGAGUGGAGUGUAAGAUUGAAGGAGGAAUCCAAAACGGCCGGAUCACUCCCAAUUUCCCAAAAUAUUUCUUCAGAGAUUACAUUCAAGUGCGCUGUGACACUGGAUACAAGCUCAUGAUGGGAGAAAUGGAGAUAAAGAGUUACAGAUCGAUGUGUCAGGAGAACGGGAGGUGGCAUUUACCCUUACCCGAGUGCAGGAUUAUUGACUGUGGAGAACCGAGGAAUUUACUGAACGGUGGAUAUAACUUUCUGUCUGGUUCCAACAACGAAUACCAGUCUGUGGUGCAGUAUAACUGCCACGAGCCCUUCUACUCCUUUGGAGGAAAGAACAAAGUAAAUCUCACCUGUGCUGCUGAUCGCAAAUGGAGAGGACUAGAAAAUGAGAUUUUCCCAUACUGUGCCCCUGUGUGCGGGCGUCCUUCUGUGGUUAUUGGGAGUACUGGUCGGGUUUUAGGAGGUAGCAGGGCGGAGAAACACUCGUUUCCCUGGCAGGUUUUUCUGAAAGUUGGAGGACGAGGAGGAGCGAUCGUGAUCGGAGAAAAAUGGCUCCUGACUGCAGCUCACAAUCUGGAGAAAGUAAAAGAUUCUAAAGAAGAAGUGGAGGCAUAUGUUGGGAGCAACAAUGUAAACGACUAUUUUGGUGAUAAAAAAGAUGAAUUUUUAUCUAAACCACUUCCUAUCGAGUCUCUACACGUGCACCCAGGAUACAAAAGCCCCAGUUAUGAUAAUGAUAUAGCACUAAUCAAGCUUACUUCACCCAUCACCUUCAAAGACAAUAUAAUGCCGGUGUGUCUCCCUGAGCAGGACGCCAACUUGGAGACAUUUGGGUGGGUUUCGGGAUUCGGACUGACGGAAAGCUACGACACUGCCAGUUAUCUCCGCUACAUCCGGCUUCCCGUUGUGGAUCAGACCACGUGCCACUCGUCCAUCAAGGCAGUGAAAAAGGAGAAGAACAUUGAUGUGUCCGCUCUGACGGACAACAUGUUCUGUGCCGGACUUCAAGAAGGAGGGAAGGACACGUGUCAGGGAGACAGCGGCUCCGGAUUCGUCAUGAAAAAUAAGGAUGUGUUUUACGCAGCCGGGAUCGUUAGCUGGGGCAUCGACUGCGGAAUACCAGGGAGGUACGGCAUGUACACUCGCAUCGCUCGAUACACCAACUGGAUCCAGGAGAUCAUGGAGAAAAACUAACAGCUGAGGAGAAGAUGGAAUAAAAAUCAGACGAGUCUUUCAACAAGUGACGGAUUCAAACGCUUCCAUUUACUAUCUGAAAAAAAUAAAGAGGAAUAUUUUACCAUUAA